AAGGUACGAGUCUAAUGCCCAGAUAAAUGUCGACACGCGUACUCUGGUAAUCACCCUCUUGAUGCCGCGCUUACAAGCGAUUUGCACGGCAGCUCCACAUCAUGCGAAAUGCCUAGCAACUCCUGCAGAUGCCUCAAACCUGAUUGCGCCCUCAGCAAAGCGCACCAGCCUUACCUCACAUUCACGUCCCCUGCCGGACCUACAUCAUGGCGAGGUACCUGACGCCUGCAAAAAUCGGACUUCUGGUUCUCCUGGAACUCUAUACCGAGGAGACCAUUCCGAGUGAGGCGAUUAUGCCCGUUCUAUCCUUCAUCACGUCUCACAUCCUGGACCAUGGCCAGUCGAAACCACAAGCAUCUCAGACGACACGGUGGGGCAAGGCGGAACGUACCGUUAGGUUGGUAAUUGGCAUGAAAGACUUUGAGAGGCUGCUAGGAAGCUAUCCCUUCCUGAUGGGGUUGCCGGGGCGAAAGCUGUGGGAUCAGUUUCUGGCACGUCUUUGGGAAGUCAAUUCCCUAGACGCCCUCCAUUCUUUCUUCGAGAGAAUAAGAUCGAUGCUGGCAAGAUCCAAGGACGAACGUCAGAGAUUGAACGAAGACGAACCGCAAGGUGAAGAUGACCGCAUCAGACUGACUCGCAACUCGCCAUAUGGGGCAUUCGUACGCCGCGCACGGCUCGAGUUCCAGCGGCUGCGGUUUUACGAUUGCACGGAGCUCUGGAGGGAUUUCGUGAGAUAUCGACAGCCAACAGCUGCCUAUAUGAGGAAGAAGCAGCCUGGGUUUUCUCGCCUGAGCUUUGAUGAUGUGUUGCGGCGCGGAGAGGACGAAGAAUGGGACACCCAGGUCGUUGGCGACUUGGCUGCAGUAGCGCAUGGAGAUAUGCUCACCGGGGAUCUCAAUGGAACUGUUGCUGUCAGCACUGAUGACAUUGAGGUUCUGUUGGAAUUCCAGGUGGAGCAGAUGCAAAAAUACGGUAACAGAAUCCCCGUGGAGAUUCAUCGUCAAUUUCAAGAUCUGCUUCACGACAGCUUUUUGGUGCCGAGCUUGACGCAUUACCUCAGUUUCCUCGACGCGUGGCGUGCUGGUGACUAUCCCACUGCGUUCGACUCCCUGCACCGCUACUUCGACUACACUAUGCAAUACCGUGAUCGACUCUUCUACCAGUACGCACUGAUGAAUCUAGCUGUAUUGCAAGCGGAUUUCGGGUGUCACAGGGACGCGGUGUCAGCAAUGCUUGAGACGGUAUCGACGGCCCGCGAAAACCGAGACAUGACCUGUCUGAACUUUGCUCUCAACUGGCUAUUUCACUUCGGUCGCGCCCAUCCAGACCUGGUCCGUGAUCUCGAGCGCAAGAGCAUGCUGAGCACCGGGAAAGAGACACUAGCAUUUCUUCGAGUGAAAGCCCGGGAGUCCGGCAUGUGGACGCUCUGGAGCUCGGUCCUGCUCACCGAGGCGAAACUUUCUCUCAUCAACGGUGAAUCCGUGGCGACAUCGCUCGAACACAUGGCCCGUAGCUCGCAGCUCAUCGUGGAGAGGAACAUGAAGACCAUGUUUGGGUCUCAUCUCGCGCUGCAAGCCGCCCUGUGGAAUCGGCUGGGCCUCACGACUCUGUCUAACCUUGUCGCCGACAUAUUUCUACGCUGUCAUGUGCAACACUCGGUAUUUGAUGACGAGCUGAAGCACACGUGUCGCAUGGCGGUGGCCCUGGCCGACCGAGGAAAAUACGCCGAAGCACUCCAGUCACUCGAGAGCCUGGACAGGAACUCUCUACGAUCCUGGAAGCCGAGCCAGUACUGGCACAAGUAUCGAGGAAUCAUCAAAUUGAAGCGAGACUUGCACCAUGGCAAUCUGGACGGUGCAGAACGUUUGGUCGUGCAGCUUCUGCAGUCCAAGCCCGACGACCUAGAGCCUGAUAUGGCCUUCACUAUUGAGGCACUGCAUAUUGAGUACCUGACGCGACGCGGGGACAUUCAGGCAGCGUUCGCGAGCGUGGACAAGCUCAUAUCUCAGCUUUGCGACGAGAGCAAGGAUAUUGCUCUCCGCGUCAAGCUCCUCCUACUCAAGGUAGCGCUUCUCGACAAGUGUGGCCGACCGCAGAGAGCCAUGUCUACGGCCGUUCGAGCCGCUAACUUGGCCUGGCGAGGGAGACUUGUGCCGUGCCUCUGGCAAGCUGCCGGCGCCCUGUCAAACAUUCUCGUGUCGCUCGGCGCAUUCGAUGCAGCGGUUCAACUUCUCACAGCUGCCCUGCCGCGGGCCCUGGAAUGCGAGUCCCCGAGCUUGCUGGGUCUGCUGUACUCCCAUCUUGCGGACGCAAACAUGGGCCUGGCCGGCACGAUGCCUCCAAAGUCUAGCAAGAGGACGGAGUUCAUGAACUGGGCAUUGCGCGCUGUGCAAGAGGCCUUUGAUCAUUACUCGGCCAUGGAGGACAUUGAGCGACAGUGCGAAAUGAUGGCAAAGAAAGCCAUGAUUAUGAAGUUGAAGGGGGAGAUGGCCCUGGCGGCGGACUUUGCGGCGGCGUACGUGGAGUUGCGAAAGAGCGCCGAGUUAUGGAGCAUGCAGGAUGCAUGAGUGGGUAUAAGUAUGGCCGUCCAUGUUCGCUUGCCUUGCAUCGCGAUAAGUCUUUGCGUACAAGAUAUAACUUCGUACAUCGGGACAGCGCCAAAAUAUGUGAUAACACUAGGACUCUUGCGGUGCCACUCCAGAUCAACGCCACAAUAUAUUUACAGGCGGAAAGCGCCCAG